AUGGAGUUUGGAGUCGAUAGCAUGUUCGGUAGCCACCAUCAAGUUGACGAGUACUACGCCAAUAGCAACUUGCAUUUUAUACUUCCGUCGUUUUCAAUAGAAAGCGCCCAGAAUGUCGGUUUGUACUACGAGCAGGAAUCGCCAUUCGACGUUGGAACUGUUCCGGAUUACGUUCCGGACCAGCAGACGAUAUACUAUAUUAGGAGUUCGGAAGUGUAUCCGACUUGCUCGCCGCCGCAGCAAGCUGAAAUUCCGUAUUGCGAAGGUCCUACAGCGGAUACGGAGUUGGAUCAGCAGUCUUAUAGCUACGCCGAUAUGACUAGCUAUAUAUUGUCACAUGAAGUAAUUCUGGGACAGAACGGUGCAGCAGUAGUAUCACCUUUGGAUUCGGGUAGUUCGGCCACAUCAAGUAGCGAGUACAAUGACAUUCCGGCGACAGUAUCACCGGAGAAACACUCAGCCAGCUCGUCGUUGGAGGCUGCAAAUGCUCACGAACCAACAGUCACCGUUGUACCAACGCCCAGCAAGCAGGCCCGAAAGCGAGGACGCAAGCCCUUGCCCAAAGUCCCGGUCACCGAGUCCGAGUUCUACUGCCUGCCGUGCAACCAGGCGUUCAAGAGUCGUCGGGGUCUGCUUCAGCACAACCACUACAACCAUUCGGGACCCAAGGAGCACCAGUGUGCGCAGUGUGGCAAGAAGUAUUCGUCUGUGGAACUGCUGCAGACUCACGUCCGGAAGCAUAACGAUGCCUUUAAGCCGUACGGAUGUCAGCAAUGCACGAAGCGGUUCAGCCGUCCCUACGAUCUGAAACGCCACAUCUGGACGAGUCACGGGGAGUCACCGUUCGGUUGCAGGUUCUGCGAUAAGCGCUUUGGGCGGUUGGACUAUGUGGAGCAGCAUGAAAUCAGUCACAAAAACAAAACUGUGAUUGUGAAGAAGAAGGCUUAG